AUGCGAGUUUUUCUGAAUUUUUUGAUCUACCUGAUAUUGUUGACCGGGUUUUGGGCGAUUUUCAGAUUUUUUUGGGAAAAAUCUGAAAAUUUCGACAAAAAAGAGAAGUCGCUGAAGAUUAUCGAUAAUUUGGGGAUUAGUUGUGAGGUGAGUGAGAUUUUUGAAAAAAAAUUUGGAGCCAAAAAAAACCACGUGGAUUUUCUAGAACUUGAAUUUUUGAAUCUGAAAUUUUGAUUUUGAUCAAACUUGAGCGCUUAAUAUGAGCAAUGAAAUUAUUUUUUUCUAAAAAGUUAAAGAAAUCCACGUGGCUUUAAUUUUUGGUCCCAAAAAUUUUGAAUCUUCCAGAAAAUCCUACAAGUUGGAGAAAAAAUCGACGAGCACGAACUUAAUCUAACUUUCGACUCGCGAAAAAUUGAGGAUCAAAUUUUGUAUUCGACAAACAGGUCAGCAAAAUUUUCAGCCGAAUUUCAGCCAAAUAAAUAAACUUUCAGAUGCGCAAAAAUCCACGAACUUUUCGAUUUCGCGGAAAAAACGGGGUCCGCGGAAGAAGCGGAUUUUCCGCUAGCCUACGGGAUUUUAGCCUAUAAGGAGAUUAUUCAGGUGGGAAAAAACAUUGAAAAUUUCAUCAAAAUCAAUUUUUGCAGGUUCUUUUCAUGCUUUCGGCCUUCUAUCAACCUCAAAAUGUCUACUGUAUAGCUGUGGGCGAAAAUUCGGGAACACUUUUCAAAUUUUUGCUCGACGAUUUGACGACGUGUUGGCCGAAUGUACACUUUUUGGUGGGUGAAAUGAGAAAGCCACGUGGCGAAAAAAUAAAUUUGAAUGUGCUGCAGGAGACGCAAACAGCGAGAGAGUGCGCUGGCAAACAGCCAACGGGGGUUUUGUAUGGGAAAGCGACCGCAACGCACACGCAUCGCGGGGGUAGGGGGAAAUUAGAGAUUUUCUCAAACUCAAAUUUAUUUUUUCGCGGGGUGAAUCUCAUUUCCAAACGGACAAUACAUGUUUUUGGUUGGGAAAAGCCCGGUCGUUCACUUUUUAGUUUUUCAUGAAAAAUUCGGGCCCAGAUUCUGAUGAGUUAGCCUAACUUUUCUCAAUUUUUAAAGAUUUUUUUUUUCAUAAUUUUCAUAUAUUUUUCAAAUUUUACAGAAUUUUUUAUCUAUUUUUUUCAAUUUUUCCGAAAUCCCUCCCCAAAAAACUCACCAUUCGCUUCUAUUUCUCAAAAAAAAAAUCCUUGCGAAAUUCGAAAUCUUCCACGUUGUUGACAUUGAAAUCCAUCAAUAUUUCAAGCUGAAAAUCAGAAAAUUUGGAUUUUUCAUGUACCAUUGAGUUCUGCUAACUCCAUUUCUAUUUCUAUAUAUUUCUGAGGGCUCACAACAAUUUUACAGCUAUUUUUCCAAAAAAAUUUCGUUUUUUCUCAAAAAUUUCAAUCAAAACAGUGUUUCUCUAGAAAAAAACCCACAUUUCUUCGAUAAUCCUUCGAUUUUCCGUUGGGAGCGAUAAUUCCAGAACAUCUAAAUAUUCAAUUUUUGACUGAAAUCCACUAAUUCUCCCCGGAAACCUCAAAAACCCAGCGAAAAAAAAACGCAAAUUGAAAAUAUUCUCGUUUUACGCUAAACAGCAGGCAAGCGGAGUGUCGUUGUAAAACUUACAUCUUCACGUGGGAACUAACAACUUUUUUUUGUUGAAAAUUUGGCACGACCAUUUACUCCAAUAGAAAAGGGUCAGACGAGAGACGACGGGAGUCUGAUGACGUCAUCUAAGACAGAGAAAGACAUCGCUUCGAGAUAUUUUUGAGAAAAUAUGUGUCCCUUUGAAAAAAUACCGUAUUUUGUUUCAAGGAACACAUGUUUUAUUGAAAAUAUCUCGAAGCGAAAUUCAUUUUCGGGAUAUUUUUGCAAAAUACUCUCGUCGUCUCGCGUCUGACUCAACGGGCGCCUUGUAUGGUCGUGUCUUCUGAGUAUAUUUAAUACAAAAAAAUAGAUUCAAUAAGUUUUUUUUUUUUGAAAAAUUAAUCGAUGACGUCAUCCUUGGUGAAAUCAGAAAGCAUUGCUCCAAAAAUCCUCAUUUUUCUCCCAAAAAAUCGCCAAUGUUUUCAGUCGCGCCCACCAAUUCAUUGGGGAAGUCACGAGAUCAUCAACAGUGCGUACAGUUGUCUCGAAUUCCUCGCUCGCCUCAAAAACGAUUGGAAAUAUUUUCAAUAUUUGUCCGGUGUGGAUGCGCCUUUGAAAUCGAAUUUGGAAAUGGUUCGAAUUUUGAGGCAGUUGAAUGGAAGUGCAAAUUUUGAGCUGAAACCUUAUCCAGAAGGCAGGCUCAGAGGGAAGGCGGUGAGUUUUGAGAAGACGGGGUAUCUGAAAUUUUGUCACGUGGAUUUUAUAACGCUAAAAUAAUACAAGACCAUGCAAGGCGCCCGUUGAGUCAGACGCGAGACGACGAGAGUAUUUUGCAAAAAUAUCCCGAAAAUGAAUUUCGCUUCGAGAUAUUUUCAAUAAAACAUGUUGUGUUCCUUGAAACAAAAUACGGUAUUUUUUCAAAGGGACACAUAUUUUCUCAAAAAUAUCUCGAAGCGAUGUCUUUCUCUGUCUUAGAUGACGUCAUCAGACUCUCGUCGUCUCUUGUCUGACCCGAUUGGAGUAAAUGGUCGUGAAUACGAUAGUUUUUGAGCAUUUCGAAUUCACGUGGCAAAUCCGUGGCUCACUUCUGAAUUUUCAAAAUUUCUGCAGCUCUCUGAUUCACCCCUACCACUCUUCAAAUCCUCCCUUUCCGCUCUCGUUCCGCGUGCUUCCGCAAACGCAAUGUCGCAGAGCAACAUUCCGCGUGACCUCCUAGCCUUCCUCAAAAACACCGGAAUCGCCGACGAGAGUUUCUGGGCAACGAUGUUUGCGAAUCGCAAGCGAUUCGCGAUUCCAGCAAGCAUCGACGGAAAUGCGACGACGCUUUCCGCGCCGCAACAAACCCCCUACAUUUCAAGAUAUCAAUUGUGGGAGAUGCGGAAAGCGGAAUGCCGCAAUUAUCUGUCUUCCGGAUCGUGUGUGUUUGGUGUUGAGGAUGUGGCGCGGAUUAUUACGCGUCGCGAAUUGGUCGCACACAAAUUCUACUUACGUAGCCAGCCUGCCGCGUAUUUUUGCGUUUUGCGCGAAAUUCGACGGCGGCAAGCGGAAAACGAUCUCAGUUUGUUGAAUCUCAAGGAUUAUGAAUUUUAAAUUAUAUGUAUGGAUUUCUGUUUUGCACGGGUUACUGUAAUAAAUGAUUUUUUUUGUAGUUUGGGUUACUGUAGUCCCAAAUAGUAUCGAAAAUCUCAGCGGUACCACGCGCUCCACCGAAAUGAACACGCAACGCAGACCGCGUCGCGCCACAACACACACAAAAAAGGGAGGGAAUUUGAAUCGUUCCCUUAUUUGUGUGUGUUGUGGCGCGACGCGGUCUGCGUUGCGUGUUCAUUUCGAUGGAGCGCGUGGGAGAUUUUCGAUAAUAUUUGCAGUCUGUAGUCAAUUAGAGCUUUGGAAUUUGGAUUACUGUAAUUUUCAGAGAAAAAAUCCAGGAAAGAGAUUGGGUGAAUCGCAGAAUAGGCCCCCACCACAAAGUAAUCCCCCACCAACAAGAAAAAGUCCCCACCGAGUCCCCACUCAAUGGAAGUGGGAACCUAAAAUGAUUAUGUGGGGACUUAUUUUUGGAUGGGGACCUAUAUUGAGGUGGGACUUAUAUUUGUAUGUGGGGGCCUAUUUUCACAUGAUUUUAAUAGAGUUGGGGGUUUUUAUUUCGAUCAUAGGGUAUUUCGGAAAAAAGGUCCCCACCACUAUCAUUUUGAGCCCCCACGUGUCAACUCAAUUUUAGGUCCCCACCAACAAGAUUUCUGAACAUAAAAAGGUGGGGGCCUAUAAUAUGUCUGACGAGUGGGGGCUUAAAAUGAUAGUGGUGGGGGCCUGUUCUACGAUUCACCCAAGAGAUUAAAUAAGUUUUUUUUUUGAAAAAUUGAUUGAUGACGUCAUCCAGGGUAAAAUUAGAAACCAUUCCUGAUUAAUUAGGAAUUCCUGACUAGUCAAAAUCGAAUUUUCAGCCCAACAAAAUCUUUACACUUUUAUCAGUUAGCGCCUAAUUAAUCACGUUUUUUGUAAACUUUUCCAAAAAAAUUUUGGCAAAUAAAAGAUUACAUGAUUAUUCUUAUCCAAUCCGAAAAUGACGAUUUUCUGGAUUUCUCUUCUGAUUUUUUUGCCCCAAAUUUCCAGACAAGCUUUAUUGUAUGAAGAACGUCGGUGCGAAUUUGAUGGCGUAGAUUUGUUGAGUGAGUUGGUAACUACACUGUAGUUUGAACAAAAAAUGCACAAUUUUUCACACAGAAGCCCUUGGACCAGUUCAAUACAACUUAACCCAACUUCUCUUCGAAAACGGUGCCUUCAAAUAUGACAAAGAAGUAUCGCCACUUCCCCAAGAUUCGCAUACACAUCUCUUGCAACCAUGGGAAUAUAAUAUCGAAUUUAUCCGACUGAAAUUGAUUGAUGUUGAUGAGCCAAAAGAGCAAAUGAUGAUUGUGGCUGAGAUUACACAAGAAUGGUAUGAUCCAAGAUUGGAAUGGGAUUUGAAGGAACAUCAGAAUAUUGAGACUAUGUAUUGGAGAUUGGAAAAAGUUUGGUCACCGCCUUUUGUCGUUUAUACAGCGUGAGUUUGGCUUACGGUAGUUUUUGGGUUCUGAAAAUUUAGAGUAAGCGCCUUUAAAAGUACAUACAGUACUUCUGACCUAGUUUUCUAGAUUCUAUAGAUCAAGCCGAUCAUUUUGAAUAUAAACAUGCCUAGCUCCCUUUAAAGGUACAUACAGUACCCUUGAUUCAAUGGAUUAGACAUAGACAAACUGUAGAAAAUUCUAUGACCCUUCAAAGGAACAUACAGUAGCCUGAACCAAGUUCCAAUAUUCUGUAGAUGAAGGCAAUAAUUUUGAGAGUUCAAACAUUCUUAGGUUACUGUAUCUCCCUUUAAAGGCGCACGCAGUAACCCAGAUAUAUUAUAUUUUUGUAGAUCAAAAAGUUCCUUUAAACAUUUUUUAAAAAGAUCGUACAGUAUCCCAAAUAAGACUAGGUUACUGUAUUUAAAGGGACAUACAGUAUUUUACUAGAUCAAAACACCUUAAAGGAACAGAGUACCCAGAAUUGCUACAAGACCCAAACCUCGUGUUUUUAAGAAGUGAAGUAGUCGAAUUCCGCGAUCAAAACUUCCGAAUGGUCAAAGUCUUCUACUCGGGAUCUUUAAAGGCGCAUAUCCCUUUGAAAAUCACAACAAAUUGCAAACUAAACAUGACAAAUUUCCCAUUCGAUCAUCAAAUUUGCGAAAUCCGCGCUGGAAUUCCAACCAUGGAUUCGCAUAUUUAUAAACUUUUCACUUCUUUGAGACCAGAAUUGUUGGAUUUUUGUGAAAAUGUGGGAAAUUCGGCGUGGGAAAUUGUGAAUAUCACAGCUGGAACUGAAUCGAUUAGAGGCUACGAUUUUAUGGGAGUCAAUGUACAAGUUGCCGUGCUGAAAUUACAUCUCAAACGAAAUCCCGUGUAUUAUUUAUAUAUGAUUGUUUUGCCCACAUUUAUUAUAAAUUCCAUCUCAAUUGCUGGGGUUUUUCUGAAGAAUACGAAUAAAAUGGAGCGACUUACAGUUGGGCUAACUCAUAUUAUGACUAUGACUUUUAUCUUGGGAAUUAUUGCGGAUAAAUUGCCGAAAACUGAAGAUGUUCCGCUACUCGGGAAAUUUGUGAUUUUUAGUUUGUUUAUUAUGAUUUGUGCGAUGACUGUUUCGACGUAUUUGAAAAGGAUUUCGGGAUUUGUUGGUGGAAAGUUGGAGGGUGUUCGGAGCAAGUUUGGGUGA